GGGGGGUACUAAUGGCAAUGCUGCAACUCGGAGGCUGAGUGUGCAGGCUUCACGGAAAUUCAACUUCGCCAAUUCCUUGCCUCUGUAAUUUAUUUGUAUGCAUUACCAAAAUUCAACUUUGUUUACCUUUUGAAUGGACGAACCUGGCAGAAAGGAUGGGGGCGAGGAAGUAUGAAAUUUCUGCGAACGACGGUUGUUGUUGCCGUCAGGGAUGACAUGCGGACAAUAUGUCCGCAUAUUGACAUAGUGACAAGGUGUACCAUAUACGGUACACCUUGUCGCUACAGCUGCAGAGUAUUGCAUAUUGAUCUUUUUUUUUUUCCGCGUUAAGCGUUUUGUACGCGAAAAUUAGCGUUUUGGUUAUACAUUUUGCUGUACCAAUUAAUUAAACAGAAUGAUACCGGCAUCUAAACUGCGUUUUCUUCUGGUUGGGACGAUAGAAAGGUCGCAGCUAUAUAAACAUGGAGCGUACGUCAAAUUUCGAACACACACUAGCUUUUAAUGCAUUUUCAGCAUUUUUUUUUUGUUGCAAUACCCAUUAUACAGACGCUUGAUGUACGUACAUUUGUGCCGUUGCCGUUGGCGUAGUCGUGCUGUCACAGUAUCGAGACGCAUGUUCGGUUCACGCGUGGAGCGUUCGAAUGUCUCCAGAGUCGCGCAGUGCGUAAUUGGCUACAAAAGCGACCAAGCCAAGUGGACACACCAUUCAGCCCCGCUGAAUCGGCUCUGCAGCAGAGCAAGGGCAGCGUCCCACCUUCUGCUACUGGCAUGAGCCUUUUGUGCACAAACAUUAGCGUGGAUUGCUGCCGUGCGACCGUGCGCUCGUUCCAGUGCUCCCGCGUUCGUAGCCGUCAUUUAGUAAUUAAGAAACACAGACGUAACCAAUUUUAGCGAAGCUGGUAAGGGCUAUUUCCCCCAAUAUUGUGUCCGUGUAUGGACAAAACUCCCAAUACGUGGGCCGAUCCCAAAGAUAGUGCAAUGCCGGGCCGCCGCGGCGGAGGUGAAGCAGGCGUUCAACACUCCCCAUACGUGGACCGGUCCUGAAGAUAGUGCAAUGCCGGGCCGAUCCGCGGCGGACGUGAACCAUGCGGCACUCCCCAUAUGUGCGUAGAUCACGAAGAUAGUGAAAUGCCAGGUCGACCUGCGGCGGAGGUGCAGUUUUAAGGGGCCCACAUACACAGCUUCGCUGGUCAUCCUUCUUCACAGAGUGGAAGGGCACUGUUCUUUUUUUCCUUUGGCUUCUAAGUGCGUGUUCUUUUUAAAGCGUAAACAUUCUUUGGCGAGUACCCCAGCAAAAUCUACCUGUCCCAUGACGCCAUAUAUCUGCAAAAUAAAUGCAUAAUUGGUUCACACAUGUAAUCGUUAUCACAAUGUAGUAGUAGAUCAUUGGUAACGUUCGAAAAAACAAACAAAAAAGAAAAUCUUCUGACCGGGAUUCGUACCAUGGUCCGCAGCGUGACAGGCAGAUGUUAUGCCACAACGCAAGGUCGUGGGUUCGACUCCCAACAAAGGUAACGCGUUCGACUGCCUUAAUUCGCUAUACCUUAAUUAACUUCGCCUAAAUUAGCACCAAAUGUCGUGGACUCUACUCCAACCAAUGGCCAUGGGCUUGCCAUCGGUGGCCACUCAAACAUCGACAACUGCGCCGGAUUUUCCGCCUCAUUAGCCAUAUACAUGUAAUGCUUUCGCAUUAAUAUAGGCAUAAUUGGUCAAGUUAGCACAUGUAAUCGUUAUAAUAGUGGAUGAUUGGCAGCGAUGGGUAGAUGUGCAUAAGCUAGCUAAAUAAGUAAGCAAAAGCGAAGUAGCAAUCGAGUAAAAGAAUGCUUACGCAUUGGUAGUCAAUUCUCAGAAUUUCCGUAGUAUUCUUUUUCUUUUUUCUUUUAUAUUGUUUACCAGGAGGCCUGGCACGGGGGAUUCUUGCCUAGGGGAGCGUAGCGACCCGGGGCGCAGAGCGGGGAGGCGGUUAGCUUUAGCGGUCGCAGAAAAAGGAAAACGUAGGACACUAUAACCGCUCGUACGCGCUGCAGCGAACUUCUCCCACAUCAUCUACCUCAAACAAUGUAUCAGCCACAUUUAGAAAACGAGACACUUGUGGACGCACGUACAUUUAGGGAUUCCUAGCUAAUGUUAGCCAAGCUGUUCAGCUAAAAAAGAAAAGAAAAGAGAAAGAAAAUUUUAAGAACACGGUGCAAGUUACGAUAUUAAAACCGAUGGUGCUCGGUUGCCAGAAUUCUUGCGAUCGAACACCGUAGGUCUUACUGUAUCUUGCGCAGUGUUUAUUAAAUAUUGUUUUCACUGAACAGCUUGGCUAACGCUGGCUGGGACAAAGCUACCAAGUGUUACUUUCCCUACCUUUUCUUCGGAUGUCUCGACACCCGCAGCUGUAUGUAUAUUCUCGACUAGCAUUCUGGCUCCACAAAGUAUGACGUCUCUUCAAAAAAAAAAAAAAAAAAAUUAUUCAUAUACUGUGCAACAUACACUCAAGGUCUACGCCCACCUAUGCGACUACACGACGCCGCGCAACGAAACAAAACCUUGUGGAUAAAAAUGCGCAUGCUUUCGGACCCAAAUGAAUAGCAUUCCCACAGUAUCUUGCGCCAAGGGAAUUAUUAACGCAAGGCACUCUUUACCUAUGCUGUUCCUUAUAGCAAAAUAUAUCCCCGAUACCAACGUUGACGCCUAGUAGUUUUGGUUCCGGUUCUGGUAUAAAAAUUUAUGUGGCUCGCUGUAAGUUGAAAGUACAGAAUCCAUAGUCAACUGAAGCCACAAAUGCAGCCAGACGCGAAUGACUGCAUUGGACAUCGCGGCCUGUCUCAUCUACCGCUUGUUUAUGUUGCUAUGAUGUUUGUCGUUGGAUGUAAAGUGCGGAAUAUACCGGAAAUGCCUGUUUAAGACGUACUAAUACAUUGAUCGAAGCGGAAAAAAAUGGAGUUUGCAGAACUGAUCAAGAUCACCAAAGUUGACCGUGUAGUUCUGCACGCACCGCUCUGCACAAGUUUUUCGGGGACGCUAUCUCUUUCGAGUCACCACUCUAUAUUCUCUUCGCGUACUGAUGACGAUAAGGAGCUAUGGUUGCUCCACAGGAUGGUUGACAAUGUCGAACGAAGGAUUGGGGCCCUAUCUGGGUCAUUGUUUUUGAAAUGCAAGGACUUCAGGAUAAUUCAGCUCGAUAUCACUGGUGUUGAAGCUUGCAACAAUGUUGCAGACACCAUCGAAUGCCUUUCUGCAUUAGAUAACCCGAAAUGGUUUCAUCCAUUCUUCUACAAUCCAUCUUUCGUUAUAAUGGAGGAUGGGUGGUCAGCAUUCGCAACAGAGCAAGACUUUGCCAAAAUCAAGCUGGUCUCAGAUGAUUGGCGGAUAUCAUCUGUGAACCAAGAUUUCUCGGUCUGUCCAACCUAUCCUGAACAAGUGAUUGUACCUAAGAGGAUAGAAGACAGUGUGCUGGUUGCUUCAGCUUCCUUCAGACAGAUGGGCCGUUUUCCGGUGUUGAGCUACUUUCACAAGAAAGCAAAGACGGCACUCAUGAGGUGCAGUCAGCCAUUGGUCGGAACCACAAUGCGGCGUUGUAAUGGGGAUGAGGAGCUGCUGAAGUCCGUGCUGAUGGGUGGAAAGAAGGGGUUCAUCAUCGACACUCGAACACAGAAUGUUGCUCAGUUAGCAAAAACAAAAGGUGGUGGCUGUGAGCCGGAAGUGCAUUACCCAAUGUGGACGCGCCUGCACAAGCCAAUCGAGCGCUAUACAGCCCUCUUGGAGUCCCUCUCCAAAGUGGUGGAAGGAAUGCGCAAACACUCACAUCACAGAGUACGUGGACCUUUGGGCUCACUAGACACUAAACAACCAGCAAAAACCAACCGAUACUUCCUGGCAUCAACCGACACCGGCGUAAGCAUGGACAAGUGGCUGUCCCGGCUCGAAGCAUCGGGGUGGCUGAGUCAUAUCAAGAGCGUUCUCUCGUGCGCCUGCUUUGUUGCCCAGUGCCUUGACCAGGACGAACGUUCCGUGGUGAUACAUGGGUCCGAAGGCACGGACUCGACCCUGCUUGCGUGCUCCCUGGCUCAGGUGAUCCUGGACCCGGACUGCCGAACGAUGCGUGGGUUCCAGGCGCUUGUGGAGCGCGAGUGGCUUCGUGCAGGACACCCAUUUCGUCUGCGCUGCCAGCAAGGGGCUUUUGCGCCUGCCAGCAUGCGUACCAAGGAGCAGAGCCCCACCUUCCUCAUAUUCUUGGACUGCGUGUUUCAGAUUCACCAACAGUUUGCCUGCUCAUUCGAAUUCAACGAGCAGUUUCUCAUUAUGCUGUUUGAACACAGCUACUGUUCUUCAUUUGGCACAUUCCUUGCAAACUCUAUGAAGGAAAGAAAAGAACUCAAGCUGGCGCAGAAAACAUACUCCUUGUGGUCUUAUGUAAACUCGCCAGACAUGCUGACAGAGCUUACGAAUCCAAUGUACGACCACAACAACCAGGUGAUCUGGCCAUCAGUGGCCCCUCAAAGCUUAGUUUUGUGGCCAGCCCUGUUCUUACGCUGGGUCUAUGAUCAGAAGCCUCAGAAGGAAGCGUGGGACAUGGUAUUGGAAAUCCGAAACAGAGAUAAGGAACUACGCUCUAAAGCACUUAGGCUACGCAGGCAACUGCUAGAGCUGGAAGAUGAGGCUGUCAUCCAGGGCGUCUUGCAAGACUCUCUUAGCCUGCUCGAAUGACAUCCGAGGAGGGGCUCAGUGCCCUCUUCACAGCGGGGAAGCACCAGCGCUGUGGAGGACAUGGGGCCGAGCCACCAGCAGAUAACUGCACUGGCUCAGGAAACUGCCAGCACCGGCAGCCGAGCUUCUUUCUCUCACAUGUCAUCCGCGGGUUCGCCUCAGUCGUCCCUGUCCUCGUCACCAGCUGCCACUUCCUCUGGUACUCCCUCGCACGUGCGCAGACUCCUCAGAAGCCUGCUGCAUCUAAGCUUGGACAGCCAUGCAGGAACUCGCCUGGCUCCGGACUUUGGAGCUGCGUCAUUUGACGAGCUGACUUUCAAGCGGGGUGAUGAUGAUUGACGUCCUUUUGUGUGGCUUUAAAAUUGCGGCAGUGUUGUUGGCCAGUGUUCUUGGCCGGUCCUUCUUGUCUUUUGUCUGGUGAUUGAUGCCCAUAACACUGGAUUUUCUGGAUUGAGCGCAGAUUUUAAUCUAGAGGUUUUCAGAUUUUCAUGUCGAGUAAGAUUGAUCCGAGGUUUUUUAAGAUUGCAUGGAGAAUGCGACUAUAAAAUGCGUCAGCCGAGGACAUUUUGUAAUAGUUCUUAAUUCACCAGUGAUACAGUGCAUUUUGCAACGUUUAACCAUUACCUUUGUGUUGGUUGUUGCUUGCUUCAGUACUUUUCAACAUCAAAAGGAAAACUCCAACUUGCUGAAUAUUUGAUGUAUAUUAUUGCAUUGUGAUAAACAUGGCUGUGGGCAUUUUUAUAACUUGCUUCACUGUUGUUGGUGCAGUAUUCUGUUCUUUAAUCCCAACAACUGCUACAUGGCAUAAGUCACAGUGCUGUGUAUUCAAGGAUCUCAGCAUCUACUGCACAUCUUUUCUGUGGGAGUUCUUGUAUACACGUACUUCUUGCAAUGUUACACUUCAGGCCUUAGCUUAUAGGGUUGUUCAAGGUUGACCAAGGCAUCCAUUUUUGACAGUAAACAGGAAAUGUGCUACAAUUAUGAAACUAAGUCAACUUUUCACCUCCCCACGUGCACAUUUUGCCACUGUUGCCAUUGUAUUUGCCGUCUGAUUCAUUCACACAAAAGGAGCUGCAUCGCAGUUCGAGCUAGCGCAGGGUCACAUUUUGCAGCCAGGCAAACGUGUCCGUAAAAUUCAUUGGUGUCUGCUUGCUGCUCUUUCAACUACUGAGAUCAAGCAUAUAUUGGGGUCUGUUACAUUGUUUACCACACCAUACUUGCAGUUUUCGAAGAAUUUUAGCUGAAUUGACAAUGUUGUCUUGCAAAUUUGAUUGCACGUAGGUGCUUCAUAAUCACAGGCACAUGGGCCUCCGUUAUAAUAGCUGGAACUUCUGUCUCUAAUGUGUUGUGCUGCGAGGGGACACUGAAAAGGAAUAUUGUUGCCUCAUUUGAUAAUUCUGUCAUUCUUCAGCUGUUCUUUUACCUCCCAUAAGCAAAAAUCCAGUCAGCUCUGAACCACUCUUGGAGUGAUGUUCUAAAAGUCAAACAAGUUAGCCCUUCUGUGCCCAAGUAACUUGUGCUGAAUUGGUUACGCCCAUUACAUUUUCUAUAUGCUCUAGAGCAGUGCUUUUAUAUAUGUGGUCUGCAGACUCCCAGAGGUCAAUGGGGCCUAUGAGCACUACUUGCGACAUGUCAUCAACACGCACUGUCUUCCAAAAAUAACAGACAAGCGAUCUGGCGAGGCACUUGCAAAAUCUAGCCAUGCAAAGCCAGAUUCCUCGCGAUGAUGUAGACAACAGUGGCCAUUACUUUUCUACUAGUAUUUAAACUUCAACUAUUUUUGUUUAUCUUUGUUAUCCUGACUCGCAUUUUCUACAUGCCACAUCCACCGUUAUCACCAAUCCAGACUUCAAGGGACAUAUGGCGCACCUUAAUGCAAUCAGGGUAGCUGCAAAUACUGUUUUCAUUGUGGCCCUAAGUUCAUUUCUGUUUUAAACCCGAGAAUUCAAAGUGUUACUGAAGCUGCAUCCUCACAGUAAACCAAGUCCAUGCUUUGGUCUGCAGACUAGGCAUCAUGUGACGUUGCGUUUCUGGCUUCAUGAGGGCAAUAUCUGACUGUGGACUGUGAGGAGGGGAAAUAGCAUCUGGCUUUUUCGUUGCCAGGUGGGCCUGAACUGGGUUGCAGACCAAGUAGCUAUGGAGCAAGCAGAGAUACUUAGCCUGGAAACUGAGCGUUCCUUCCUCUACCUCCUUGCAAUUUGGUAUGUCGUCAUCGUCAGGGUGGCGGUCGUUCUUGUCAUCAGUUGUCUCACUGACUAGAGGUGGUUGUAUUGCAAGGUUUCUAUUUACUCGGCACAUGCAGCAUUUCUGGCUUCGUGUCGAGCUGUUUUGUCUUGCCAGCUUAUCAAAGCUUCGCCUACACUGAUUCCCACAAUGUCUGUGUGAGAUCUGCAUGAUCCUUUUUUUGGUAUCGUCAUGGCCAAGAAUGCUUGCAGUAAGUCACCAUGGCUCAUGUUUCUUGUGCACCUGUGUUUCAGACAAUACGAAUGUGGCAUUUCUUUCUCUUAUCUGUGCAUGAACAAAGUGCCCGCAUUAGGUUAGGGAAAGGUCUAUAAGACACUCUUUCUGUAGGAAAUGACGUGGUACGGAAGUACUACUUUAUGUUGAAGAGAUACUGUGUGGGCCAUCGUGUUGCAAGGCUGUGGAUGCUCACUGGUGUGCCUGUUUUGGCAGCAGAUCAUAGCGUGGUACUCUGUUCAGCUAAUCAGUGCCAUUUUUUCACUUUGUAGGUGAUUGCUAAUUGCAGCUAAACCAUUGUAGUCCUGCCAUCAUGUAACCGAUUGACCAGCAAGUUGGUAUCUCAUGUGGAUCAAGUUUAAAGGGCCCCUAAACCAUUUUGAGCUCAAAAACAUGUUAUAUGGUGGCAACUGUGUACCAGCCUGCAAUUAACGUACAGAUACAGAAUAAUUUUUUUUUAAAUGAUGUCGAAAACUGUGUGGUUGCUGCUGUUUCUCAAUUGCCCUCUCUAUUCUCCCCUUGGAUAAGCCUCCACUUCACGGCAUACUUCUUUAUCCUUCAUCUCACCAAUUCUGUGCAUGCAGCAAUAGCAACAGGUUGCAUUAGCCACCCAGAGUAAAGAACAAAAAGAAUGGGUUCUUUCAUAGUCCACUUCAGGGCUGCUAUCUUGCACGCGUUCAAAAAGCCGACAUUCAGUUUUUGAAUGCAUGCAAGAUAGUGGCCCUGAUCACACUUCUUGGAGUGUCAGCUUGUUCGAAGCUCGACAGAAGGAUCAGUGGGGUGAACCCCCCUUCCUCCUCAGAACACACAGGCCGCUUUUGUCACGUUGGCAAAUUGCCCCUCAUAUGCUAAUUAAUCGACAGCUUUUACCUUGGUCACGUCAAGCACAUGACCCUGCUGGCAUCACAAUGUUUCAGUUUAUUGUUCAUUCAAGAUGCAUGGUUGUUAGUGGUAUACUGGCGAGGGUCCCAAAGUCCAACGACUGCAGCGGGACUCUCGGUUAACAAAUAGAUCGAUACAAAAUGAUUCAUUGUUAUAGCAGUGUAAAAUUGUGCAAUCUAUAAGUAAAAAUAAAUGAACGAAGUAGUGUGAAGUAGUGUAAUGUGUGAAGAAAAAACCAGAAAAAAAAAUGUAAUAGGUUUAGGAACUUUUUUAAGUGGAUUCGAGGGUUUGCGACUGCUAGUUAAGAACUCCUGCAUUAGAGGCUGCAGUGGCAUGAUCAUUCCAAGUCACCAUUGAAGUUUUUUAAUCCAAAAUCUGCUUUUAAUUUUGUCCUUCAUGUGUUGGGACUCGAGAAACUAUGGUUCCUUCCUCAAGCUUGGUUGUUUCUAUAGCUGAACACUUGAUCUUCUUGUCUCUGUACAAUAGUGAAUAUGUAAUCCUCAUACCAACAGGCCUACUGAGCACUGCGUGCUAGUCUAUUAGUCUGCAUUUUUGUAUAUAUUGGCUCUUAGUUGCUGAGAAAAAAAAAAGUCCCACAGAUUGCUUGCCAUGAGUGCGAGAGUUAUGGUAACGCAUGCAUGGCAUACACUGAAUAUGUGGCAUUGAUGUGACGCUAAUCUCACUUCCCUUACAUAAUUGACACAUAUUCCAUUUAUAUGAAUUCUUGGUUGAAGAACAUGCUUUCUUUUUCAGUUGGUUGAUGUGUAAAUUAUAGCAUGUGUAUGCAGCAUGUACCAUAAAUCAAAGCUUUCCAUGUUGAAAAAGAUGUGUGCGGUGCGCUGUAUCUCUCUCUCUUACUGUGUGCAUAUCACACCAGUGUAUAAGAACACCGCAGAUCAGCUGUCACUGGUUGUUAUGGUGGAAGGUGUAACCGGCGAUGCUGUCGUAGAGAUUGUCCUUGAUAUGGAGCACAUUCGUGCCUGUGUUGAUGACAGUUCUUUAGCAGCUUGUGAUACUACCAUUGUUGUCUAUAUAAGUUCUGGUAAGCUUUAUUUUAAUCCUUAAAUAUAUAUACAUUUAUAAAAAAAAAAUAACUUAGCACUGUUUCUAUGUGAUGCUGUACUGAGGACACUUUCUCUUAUACGCUCAAGAGAAGUCGCAGUGCCAUUUAUUAUACUAUUCUUUGAAGUCAACAAGAUGAAACUUGUUCAUAUGUACAUUGCACUUUUGCAUUACUUGUGUUAAAUAGUAUUUCACUGUGUUUGAUUCAAUGCUGUGUGCCCUCCGAACCCAACACUUAUUUUAAUAUCUCCAUUUUUCAGUUUUCAAGUAAUGUGCAUUGUGCAAUGUGUCCAGUUUGCACUCUGUCUACUUUCUGUAGCUGUGUACUUGGAAACCAUUAAUUGUUUCGUUUUUUCCCCCAUCCAUAUUUUUCACUGCUACUCUAUCAAUUUGUAACAAACACAUUCGUAUAACAAAUAUAGGAUAUAUAAUGAAGGUAUUUUCAUGUCAAAUGUGAUUUUGUUGCAUAUAGGUUUGCCUGUAGUAUGCUUGAUGUUUGCUGUUAUACUGAUUGAAAUGCUUUCCCCCCUCAUGCUUUCAACAGAUGUAUUACUUGCAGUUGCUUGGCACCCAACUUAUCAGUAACCGCUAACAUCCUGCAAGGAGCUAAAAUGUUGCCAAUCUAGGCCUUAAUCAGAAAAACUGCUAAAAUGGUAGCCGCAGUGCACCUAAAUGAUGACCCUCUUGUGAAUAUGAGAUAUGUCUUUUAUUGUAUACUCUAGAAACAUUGUUAUUACGCAUUAACCUAGUACCAGAAACAAAAAUUUACAAGUGCAGCUGAGGCAAUUUCUUGUGCUGUCAUCCAAAAUAUCUGACUGACAAUGCUUCCAGCAGUGUCCUGAGUAGCUAAAAGGCAGCGAGGUCAGAAGGGAGUCCAAGUUCUUGCAGCUUAGUGGCUGCAGAAGUAGCUGUUUUGGUGCAAGGCUGAAUUUUCAAGAUAAGGAUCAUUAUUCUUUUUAUUUUCUAUUGCGUGUAGUAUAUGAACUGGUCCAUUAUGAAAACAAACUCACAAUCGGCGUUAAAAAUUAUUACAGCAGGCAUGCGAGUUCAAACCUCAAUCUUCGUCGCCUGCUAAGUACUCCCCGCAAGGAAACAGUGUGCCUGGCGGUACUUUUCUGAUUACAGCACAGAAGAAAUGUAAAUCGGGCCUUACCUUACAUCCGACCUGUACAUUGCAACUUGAGCACCUAGUUAGAUGGGCAGUGGCUCUGCAAGGAACAUGCAGCCUCUGGGGUUUAUUUUCUUUGGAGUUUAUCUGUCAAUCGUGCAUGCAUUUCCUUUUUAACACUUGCCCACUGCUUUCCUGUCAGAAACAGUGUCGCACCGAUAUGCACAUGCCUUCCGUCACCUGAAUGGGCUUGGACUGCACCAUUAAAAGAGUGCACGCAGGAUGAAUGAUGAUUAUUGUUGGGGGACAAUAUAAGCUCUUAAAGGUGCAAAUUUUUCUUGGAUUUUACACCUUAAAGCAUUGUACACUAUUUGGAGCUUAUUUUGACCCCCCCCCCCCCAACCUGAUGAUAAUAAUCAUGAAUCUUAUGCACACUUCCUUUGUUCAACACUCUGUUCUCUACUUUCCUUUCUUGAAUGCUAUGUCAUGCUCAUACGCAAGUUCCAACUGUGACCCGAAUGCACCGGGAGUGCAGCAUUAAACAAAGUAAAUGCAUGCAUGAUAGAUGGAAACUAUUGUUUGAGGGCAAGAUGAGCCCUCAAACAAAUAUACAAGUACUCUGGAAAUAUUUUUUAGACUACUUGUAUAUUUGACUACAUUUAAGUUUUUAUACUCUCCAUUGGAGGAGUAUGCUUGCCUUUCAAUGGUGUAAAUUCAUUCUGUCUGUGCAUAAGCAGAGUAGCAUUACAUUGGAGUUAGAGGGAGCUAAAAUGUGAGGCAUGCACUUACUGUUGCAAAAGGAGGCACCAGCCCUUCUUUGCCCAUAGGGGGCAGAAAUACAGUGGCCAGUAUCACUGUUAUACUGUUGUUACCAGCUUGUAAAUUAUACAAACAUUGUGGCUGGCAGUAUGCUGCCUUAAUAAUUUGUUCCACUCUAAGAGCACUCAUUUAUAACACAAGAAUGAAAUCCAUGUGUGUUGAUUUUUACCCCUUGGAGGCUUUUGUACAUAAAGUGCACUUUAUAGCUACCGAAGGAAAAUGCUUAUUCGAACAUCUGAAUCAAUAUAAAGGUCUUGUGCCUGACAUAUUCAGUUGAAAUAACUGUUCAAUCGAACAGUUGAAAUAUUCAUUACAGGGCUAUGCUCAACCAAGAUGUGUAACUGUCAGCUUUCACAGCAUAUUUAAAAAUGAGUGUGAAAUCUCAAAAUCUUCCUGAAACAAUGCGAAGUUGACUGUUUGAUGUGACAUGACCUUAUAAAUAAGCCAUGAACCACUUCUCAGUGUUUUUGUUGUGCUGAUGCUUUGUGUGUUUAGCCUUUUCAGGGAUCCUGUAGUUUAAAUGUUGUGACUUGCGUAAAAUACCCCUUGUACAGAUGUUGAAAGCUGUUUGCAUUGCACAUUUUUUCUGUUCUAAAGGUAGGCUUUUCAAGUGUGUCCCGAGAACUUGCGGACAUGUUCAGGGUGGUCUUGGUACUGAGGUCAUGAAAUGCUCAUAUCUACCUUUACCUUUAGACUCUUUGGGAAACCUUUACCUGAGGAGCAGGCAAAUGUUUAUAGUGGGAGUAGUUUGCCUGAAUUGCUUGUGCCUGAGUGGCAAUCAUACACAGUGUAGGUUUGUAUUCAGCUAAUUUGGCACAAACAUGGGAUUUCUCAUGGCUUAAGGAAAGACCUAGUCACUGAUAGGUACUUGUAUUUGCUAUGACAUUUUUAUUAAUAGUUAAUUUUAUAAAUGCACUUAAUUUUUUUCUUUUCUGUUAAUAGAUACAUACGUGUUCACAAAGACCAAUGCACUCGUGCUUUGCUAACAAUAUGACACUAGAAAUUUACUGUUAAAAAGAGUUUGGCGUUACUCAAUAUUUGUUGCUCGCAAAUGUUGCCGUCACCAUAUUAAACUGCUUACUGAGCUUA